GUGUUGUGUGUGUGUGUGUGUGUGUAUGUGUGUGUGUAUGUGUGUGUGAUGUAUGGUGGGAGGGAUGAGAGGAGUGGUAGUCGCGGGCGUGGUGAGGGCGUGGAUGACGCACAUUGGGCGGGGCUGGUAGACAUGGUUUGGUCAGGUAUAUAAGAGACCAGCUGGACCAGCAUCUCUCAUUGUCCAGCUCACUCACCUGUCCACUCAACAUGAAGGUUCUGGUUUUGUUCGCCCUCGUGGCUGUCGCCGCCGCUAGGCCUCAGACUAUCGCCUUGCCAGCUCCAUUGGUAACGCUGAAGACUGUUUCCGGCUCACCAAGCGAGCACUACACUGCUUCUUACUCCAAUCUUGGAGUCAUCCCAUACCCAUUUGGCGGCCUUCCCUACACCUACAGCGCAUUUCCAUACAAUCCUUUCCUGGUGCCUGUCAAACCUACUGAAGAGAAGCGCGAGAAACGCUCUGCUGACGCUGAGCCAGAAGCUGAUCCCCAGGUGCUUCUCUACCACUCGCAAUUCGCUCCUGGCGCCUUUCCCUACACCGCCGCUCCUGGCGCCUUUCCCUACACCGCCUAUAGCGCCCCAUACACGUAUACUGUCCCAGCUGCGAGCUCUAAGUUUACUGUGCCCCUUGUUACUCAGGCCAGCAUCCCCAGCGUGUAUUCAACCAUCAGUCCAUACUCUGGCAUAUAUCACUCCGCUGCUAAGCUUACCCUUCCCUACAUCACUCCUUACACCGGACUCUACCCACAUCUCUCACCUCUUGUGGUAAAUCCCCAGAUAAAGUUAGAGAAGAAAGACUAAAGACUCAAAUGGCGAAUUUGAGAGCUACUGGAUAACGACGCUUCUCCGUUGUUAGUUGGCUGAUAUUGAGACACACUCCACGUCAACACAUGUCUUAAUUUAGAGAGCAAAAGCUUCGAAGCAGCGUCGAACCUCAAAUAUUCCAACUGUAGUUUAGUUUAACCAAGUAAAAGUCAAAGAGAAGAAUGCAGACAAAAAUUUAUCAAUUCCAGCAGCCAAUAUUAAGCCUGACAGAACUGAUCACAUGCAGACGAUGUCUACUUAUUGUUUAUUGACCAAUCACUCUUUUCUUGUUCUUGUCAUUUUUUUUUCAAAUUAUUGCAAAAAUAAAUACAUAAUU